AUGACUCACAACCGAGAUCCAGGUCCACUUCUCCAACUGCCCAUUGGUCGUCUCCAUGUUAAACGAACUACCUUCAACUUUUGUUCUGCUUCUCUGUCCUCCGAAAUCAAUGAGUGGCAUCCACAUCUAAGGAAUUACCUGGGCAGGACGAUGGUGGCCAGGCUCGGACUGGGGCUGCUGCUUCUGGCACUGCUCUUACCUACGCAGAUUUAUUCAAAUCAAACAGCUGUUGUAACACAUUCAAGUAACUUCUCCCAGCACACGUCAGCUGCCCCCAAUCCAGCGAAUGCCACCACCAAGGCAAGUGACGGUGCUCUGCAGUCAACAGCCAGUCUCUUGGUGACCUCGGUCUCCCUUCUACAUCUCUACUGUUAA